AUGAAGGAUAUGUACAUCGCCGCGGGCAGGUACGCUUUCCUCGAGAAAGAGUUCAACGACCUGCGGUACGCGGGAGUCAAGGAAGUCGUCCCCGGUCUGGCUUCGGGCGUUCCCGGAGACGAAUCUUCCGUCGAUGCCGUCAAGGUGACGUACGACGAGGAAAAGAUCUCGCACGAGAAGCUCAUGCAGACGUACUGGAAGCACGUGGAUCCGACGCGCGGGGACGGGCAGUUCAAGGAGAACGGCGCAAAGUACCGCGCCGCGAUCUGGGUGGACGGACCCGCGGAGCGCAAGGAGGUGGAGACUAACCUGAGCCGACUGCAAAACUCUGAAAUAUUCGGAAAGGGCAAGGCGCUGGUGACGCCGGUGCUGGACGCACCCCCGAAGUCGUUCGAUCCCUACCCCGAGGACCAGUGGAAAGCGCUGACCAACAACCCCAAGGCGUACGAGAAGGAUAAGGCCGAGCGACAGAAGGCCUUCGACAAGCUGUGGGGCUUUGUGCAGUACUGCGCGAAUCGACUCUGUGGUUACGUCCGCUUCGCACCCAACUGCACAGGCGAGUGUUUAGAAACCUUCCCAGAGUUGAGGGAGCGAAACUUCGGGCAGCCGGAGCUGAUUGGCGACAUUAAGAUCACGGGCGGAUCGGGGCGUUAG